AUGCUAUGGCACAAGGAUGCGGGACAACAGGAUGCAGGACGCAGGACGCAGGAGGCAGGAGGAAGGAGGCAGGACUCAGGACUCAGCAGGCAGGACGCCACCUUUUGCAGCUGCUUCCAUGUGUUCAUGGCGCAAAUAAUCGCCGUCAUCAACAACAACAAAAACAAGAUGCCAGGACAGGAUCAGGAUGAGGAUAAAGAUGAGAAGCUGAAGUUGCAGGAUGCAAAAGGAUGCAACGGGGCAGGGUCUGGGGUCUGGAGAGUGGGGCAAAACCCACCCAAAACCCACUCUCCUCCCCCAAAAAAAAAAGAUGAGUUGAAAGACGUUGACGGUGACGCCAUUAGCACCGAGUUUUGCAGCAUCAACGACAAACUUUAA